AUGAUUCAAUUUUUCGACCCCAAACACACGAGUCACGGGACAAUUAAGCCGUGCAAGCUUGCGCCUGCGCCGGUACACUUCACAUACACACCGCGAGCCAUCGCGGCACAACGUGGUAUAUCGACACCCGACUCUGUGAAGUGCUUGCGGUCUGUGGGUUGCUUGGGGGUUGAGGGUUGUGGGUAUAAGGGUGUCGGGGGUUGUGUCAGUGACUGUGUGUGGCAUGGGUUAAGAAUGGGAGCAGGACACAGUGCUGAAGGCGAUGGCGCCACCAGCGAUCCGCCCACCCAUAGUCGUAGGAAAACUCAUAAUCGGAGGCGAAGGAAAUAUAAUUCCUUAUAUGAUCGUACUGAGAUCGUAAAGAGCAAGAUGCGAUUAGCGGCCGGUGAUGAGACAACUAGAGCGAAUCCUAACUGGAAGCGAUCCGUUAGAUAUGGUUUUUAA